CAUCUCCACACUUCUGUAGAGCUAAGAGAGCACUGUGGGCACAAAGGAGGGCUAUGAUCUGUGCUUGAAAGGACAUCUGUUUAAAGUAGCCACAAGUCAGUCACUGGAAGAUCUGCUGCUGCCAGAACUGCCCGUGCCACCGGGCUGUGACAAGGCCGAGGGCUGGAGGAGCACUGCCGACCUUGGGAGCGUGGCAGUGGAUCUGGCUGCUGGGUUACCUAUUGCAAGCUGUCUUGGGCACAACAGUGAUCCCCUUGUGUGGGCUUGGUGAGAUGGAAAACUGCACAACAGCACUGAUCCAGAGAGAGAACAGUCCCCGUGUGGCUCAGGUGGGGAUAACCAGAUGCAAGCCUGAGAUGAAGGACUACUGCUUCCAUGGCCAGUGUGUCUACAUAGUGGACUUGGAUGAGCACUACUGCAGGUGUGACGUGGGCUUCUCUGGCGUGCGCUGCGUGCACUCGGAGCUGGUCAGGCAGCCGCUGAGCAAGGAGUACGUGGCGCUGACCGUCAUCAUCGUCCUGCUCUUCCUCGGCGCCCUCUGCGUCGCCGCCUACUACAUCUGCAGAAGGAUGAAGCAACUGAAGAGCUUGGGGCCACAUACCAGCCUGCCACCUCAACAGCUUGUGCCAGCUGGACAGAGACUGCCCAUCCAGCAACCACGCAGCCGGGUCCUGGUGACACACCCCAAAGAACCUGUCCUCAGACCGUGAACCUCCCUCAUUCUUCCCAUGGUUUCUGCUGGCACCACCUCCAGCCCUCUGCGGUAGCUCCUUCUGCUGGGGAGAGGGGGAAGGGAAGGGAAGGAAAGGGAAAGGGAAGAGGAAAGAAGGAGGGCAGGGAAGGGGGAAGGAGGGAAGGGAAAACGAGGGAAGGGAAGGAAGGAAAGUGAAAAAAGGGAAGGGAAUGAAGAGAAGGAAGGGAAGGAAAGUAGAAGAAGGAAAAGUGAAAAACGAAGGAAGGUAGGAAUAUGUUUCAGCAGUCAGUGUGGAAGCUUGGUCUUGCACAAACAGCCAUCAUUGUGUUCAUGAAGCUGGUGCCAAACCUAAAUGACUCCAGCACUCCCAUGAUAGAUUCCACCCUGCAUGAUUAAAGCUUUCCCAGCAAACUAGGAGAUUAAAACAACUGAUCCAAAAAUAUGUCAAAUCUCUCUGCCCUGCCCUGAUGGAUGCCAGCCUGAUCCUCUGACCCAGUCACCAGAGGGCAUCAGCCUCUUGAUAGGACAACCCAGCAGGAAUUUGAGAGAUAAGAUGCAAUCAUGUCCGGGCACCAGGCCCAGCUGGGAACCCCCAUUUGUCCAUGUCAGUGGUCCCCAGGGAUCCUGUGAUUGUGGCUCCUCCUGCCUGGGAUCACCAGGCUGGCUGUGGAUGCCCUUCAGGCUAAGGGGAAGCCACCACAGCAGUGAGGAAGAGAGGCCAGUUCAGCUGCCUCUGCCAGGGAAACUAGGGUGGAUUGGAGGCUGGUGGGAAGUGGUUAUCCAUCUGAGGACACAGAAAUCAGGGAGUCAGCCUUUGGGGCUCUGCUGAGUGGUGGUGGAAACCAGACUGAAGAUUUAUAAUGAGAUGGAGAACUGAGGAAGAGGAGGGUUUAGAUGAGGGUGAGAAAGGCAGUGUGGCUUUUGAGUGUACAGAAGGCACAGCACUGAAGUCAGAAGGAAACAGGAGAGCUCAGUACUUCAUGAAGUCAGUGCUUCUGUGCCCUCCCCAGCACUGGGACUCGUUCAGGAGCUCUGCCCACCCAUGCCAAGGAUGAGCACCACUGAGACAGCAGAGCAAGGCACAACAAGCUUCAGCCCCUGUGGGAAGCUCACUAGGAGGACAGGAGUGUCUGAAUGAGGAGGGUCAAAUACCAGCCUGGAUUUACAACAGCCAGAGAUCCCAGCAGGGUGAGUCCAAGCCAUCACUUCCAAGUUGCUUCUCCUUUGUGCUAACCCAUGUCAGUUC